UUGACCAAACCAAAUGUUCCUGUACAUUUUCUGACAGAGAUUUCACCGGUGACUAUCAAGAGCCAAGUAAAAGUAAGUUCACAAUGGAGCGGUCCCAGUGGAGUAACAUGCGCAAGCGAGCCAUAAAAAGGACAAAUGACAGAAUUUUAGAGGUACAAAGAAGUCUUUGCACAGGUGUCGUAGAGCCAGUGAGAUGGUAAGUAGUGACUUUGGCGAAGUUGUGGACACUGAGGUGAGUGAGGAUGAGGUCUCUGAAGAUGAUGAGGGGGAUGAUGAGAUUUCUCCUCCUUUAGAUUUGUCCACUGCUCUGUCUGACUGGGCUGUUGAGUAUGGUGUAUCAUUAGUGGCAUUGUCUGCUCUUCUGUGCAUCCUUAGAGUGCAUCACCCCUUUCUUCCAAAGGAUGGGAGAACCCUUUUAAAAACGGCAACCAGGUACACUCUGGAAAGGUUGGCUGGUGGGGUGUUUUUCUAUUUUGGUAUUUUGAACAUGUUUCGCAAAACAUUUGAGUAUUUGUUGUCCAAAUUUCCAGAUAGAAAUGUUUUCAUGUUGCAGCUUAAUUUUGAUGGAUUGCCGCUGUUUAAGAGCUCGUCGACUCAGUUCUGGCCAGUGUUAGGCAUGUUGCGUCACAAAGAUUAUGUCUCCAGCAGGCCACUGUUAAUUGCUUUGUUCUGUGGUGAGACUAAACCCACUUCAUUGCAGGAGUAUCUUGGUGCCCUUGUUCAAGAAUUGACAAUGCUCAGAGAGGGAUUUGUCAUAGGCUCAAAAACCUUGUUUCUGAAGGUAAGUUCAGUCAUUUGUGAUGCUCCUGCUAGAGCCUUUAUCAAACAGGUGAAAGGCCAUUCAGGUUAUGCAGGAUGUGAUAAGUGUUUACAGCCAGGUGUUUAUGCUAGUCACCGCAUGACAUUCCCAGAGGUAAGUGCUCCUGAUAGGACUGAUGAGUCAUUUGCGAGGGGCACAGAUGAGGAACAUCACAUAGCAGUUUCCCCUCUACUUGAAACUGGUAUCGGUAUGGUCAGUCAGUUUCCUCAUGAUUAUAUGCAUUUGGUUUGUUUGGGAGUAAUGAGGAGGCUCUUAGAUUUGUGGUUUGGCAGUGCUGGCCCUCUUCGGUGUCGUCGUUCGGGUCGUGACAUGCAGGAGAUCUCUGAAAAGCUGGUAAGUUUGAAGGCAUUUGUCCCAGUUGAAUUUGCUAGGAAGCCAAGGAGUCUGGCAGAAAGACUAAGAUGGAAGGCAACCGAACUCAGGCAGUUCCUUCUGUACACCGGUCCUCUUGUUCUUAGGGGUGUGUUACCUGAGGAAAUGUAUAACAACUUCAUGCUGCUGUCAGUUGCCAUCUCGAUUUUAGCCAAUCCCCACCUUUGUUCAGCUCUGAAUGGUUUUGCGAAAAGGUUGCUUGUGUCAUUUGUGGAGCACUUCAGUAAACUGUAUGGUCCUGAGUUUGUUGUCUACAAUGUACAUGGGUUGAUUCAUCUUAGUGAUGAUGUAAAGAUUCAUGGUCAUUUAGAUGUGAUCUCUGGGUUUCCAUUUGAAAAUUACCUGUGUACAUUAAAAAAAAUGAUCAGGAAACCACACAGCCCUCUAACUCAAGUGAUCCGUAGAGUGUCUGAAGUUCACAACCAAAAACAUAGCAUUGAAGUUAAGUGGCCAAAAACGCAAGUAAAUAUAGAGCAUAGAAAUGGGCCUGUACCUGACUUGUUUGAAGGGGAUGUUCUUCAAUUCAGAGAACUGGUAGUGAAUGAUGUGCACUUUAGAAUUACAGAAGGAGACAAUUGUGUUAGAAUCAAUCAGAUUGUUGCUUUGGUGGAAAAUAUUAUUGUCUAUAAAGGCCAGGAGUACAUCAUCUACCGUGAAUUUGCAAAGAUGGGGACAUUCUUUCAUUACCCAGUUGAUUCUCAAGAAGUAGGAGUUUUUGUUGUGUCAAAUUUGUCUUCAGAAAGUCUUAAAUUUGUCUUAAAAUAUUUCAGGAUGCCAUAUGGGGAACAGGGCAGUUUUGUUGUCAUUCCCCUUUUACAUCAAAAAUAA